AUGACGUUGUGUUUUAGCUCAGUCGAACUGGCGUCGCAUGCGAUUAGCUGGUUGUCCUUUGCAGCUCCGGCACUCGCUCUUAACAGGAAGCCACUGUGGUCAUUACCUGCUCAUUCUGAUGGACUUGUUUACUCGACGGAAAAGCUGGGAGAAAAAGAAGAUCUCGCGAGAGAUCUCUUUUUCGUCCCCGAUAAGCCUGAAACGGAAAAGGUCUGGGACCUCAAGAUUGCACAACUGCUGGCCCUUCAGGGAGAAGAUGCCAAGAAGGACCCAACAAAAAUGAUGGUAGCGAACGCCACGGCCCCUUUAUUUAACAUCAAAAGGAGCGGAAAAAGAUCCGUCGCCCCUCAAGUCGUUUCGGAGUUUGCUAGUCUAGAUACCGUGGAAAAAGCAGUGAAAGAAUGGAUCUCCUUUCAACCUUCCUCUCAACCAGCCGGAUCAGUCGCCAUCAACAUAUUGACUGUCAUUAGCUCGCGAGAGCUAAAUGAUAUAGCCAAUACUGUUAAAGAAAAAUUCCCGACUCAAAAGGUAGAACUCGACUUCUACAGAGAAACGGCGGCCCUUCUCUGGCGAAAGAUCGGAGUUGGCUUCGGGGGAUUCGAUAACAUCAAUGAGUUCGCUGUGGCUCUCGCGAGCCGCACGAACGACCCUGUUGACUUCGACAAAGGAGCAGAGCAAGUCAGAGCAGAAAUUUCGGUUUUUGCUGAAGCUUUCGAUCUCAGCUGGGGAUUCGAAGCUUUCUGGAUAAGUUUAAGCCACAUCAUCCGGAUUGGUGUACAAUGGGCUUACGAGUGGGCAAAGCAAUUCAACGAAGGAACUACACCCUCAACGGCCUUUGCUUGUGCCAAUUUAAUGGACUGGUUUAACCCUCCCUAUAUCCCGAGAUACGAUGAUCUCAAGAUCCUCCCAAACACUCGAAAAAUGCUGAACGACAUCGGAGACCUUUCGUUCUGGCUGAUUUACGCCACAGAGCCGAUCCAGUAUAUGCUUCUCCCGGAAAAGGUCACGAACCCCGAUCAAGUCAGAUAUUUGCUAAAACUCGCGAGAGUAAUAGCAAAAUCUGGACAUGAGGAGGAAAAGACCCUGAAAAGUCUGCGGAACCUCGAAGCAGAAAUCGAGAAGAAUUGGAGAGGAAAUCUGGUGCCGGUCGUCAAGGCUUGGGACAAAUUCAUCGAAAAAGUCGUCAAAGCCCAAGCUCAUGAGAUUGAGAUAGAAGAGAGGACUCAGGUCAAAGUCUUCGUUCUCCCCAAGGCAUUAAAAACGAAAAAGCAAACCCUCAUCGGCCACAACUUAUCCCAAUUCAUCAUUAAAUCCUCGCGGGUUUCAAUGAUCGAAAUGGUUGACCGAUAUAUGAAUUGGUUCGGCACUGAUUUAGUCUCCCCUGACGAUCCAGACAUGAGCCAUUACAAAUGGCACAAAGAUGUCGAGCCUAAACGAUCAUUGGUGAAAAACGAAAAAGUCUCAGGCCCGCUGUUGGAUGUCACCAAGCUCGAAAAAGAUCCGGAUGCCUGUGCGUUUAUCGGAUGCAACGAGAAAUCAUGCGGAGUAGCACCAGCAUGUUUCUUUCAUUUGAGAGCGGACUCGGAAGCAGCAAUGCGCGAAUCGUUUUCACCGUUGACAACCCUAGUCCCGCGCAUCGACGGACAAGGUGUUGAAAUGGCCAACGAAAGACUCCCAGCGCCUCGACCACGGGUCACGGCGACUCCAAAGCUGCGCGCCCGACUCAUGCUUGAGAUCGUCAACUCCUUCAGGAAAAAGACGGGAGAAGGUGUUAUGCCGAUCUACCACGCGAAGCUCUUGUCUUUGAAAUUCGCAACGGGUGGAAAGUUUACGUGGGAAGGCCGAAUGGUCGCUGAAAGUGACAAGACGCUCAACGCUCUUCGUUACAUCAACGACAACUACGAUAAGCUCGACGGGGAGUUGCCUUGGAGAACCGCGAGGUUCUCUCAAGUGACAACUCCUUGUCUUUUCUUCAUCCUGCAUAAAACAGAAGGCUACUCGAGAGUUUGGGAAGAAGAUCCGUUUACGGUGGUUAACAUAAAUGAUAGAUGUCAUUUCACCACAGCUAGAAACGGGAUCUCCAAGGAAUACGUGAAGAACACUUUGUGCCGUCCUCCUAACUUCGAUUUGGCGGAUAUCAAGAAGCGUUUCAAUGCCAAGAUGCAUCUCCCGCCGCAAGGAAAACAAUACCAGUUCCCCGAGUUUACCCUGAUUCGAGAAAUCGAGCGCGACUUUCCCACUUUGAAGAUUGCCAUUCUUGUAAGUCCAGCAUACGUGGACUUUGCUAAGAAACACCUGGCAAAGUCUCCUGAAGCCUCUUCGCCACCGUCAAAAGUGGCUAUUUUAACACAAAAAAUGAAGGAUAAGGUCUUGGGCUACUACGAGAAGUGGGUCGGCAACAAAAUGACCACGUUUCUUCAUCCUCAAAUUAAAGAGGAUGAUCAGUUCCCUUCUCCACCGAGACCUGGCACGUAUGCUUGGAGCACAAUCUUCAGAGCUGCUUGCCAUGACGAGAGCUUCAAGGGCCUCUUACCAGAAAAUCUUUGGGGCCCAGCGUCCUGGAACCCCGCGGCGAGAUCAAGAAGUACCGAGGCUGACAGGGAGGAAAGAGCAGCCGAUUUCGCGGCGUUUCUAAUCGAGUGGAGGGCCCGCGAGGGACUCCACCUCGUAGAGGUCGAGAACCUCGAUUUUAGCUAUGCUGCAAAACCCAAAACAACCUGGGCACCAAUGAAGGAAGAGUACUUUGUCAUAACGGUUUUGACUACUUCUUUGGAAAGAAGAUUGGGUCAGAUUGCGGCAAGGAUCAGAGCGGUUGAACACGAUUUCAUAUGGUUCUCGGACAUUGAUUCGUCGAUCCUCCGAAACUUAAGAAAAGACCCAAAUAUCACACCAGAGCUUGCGAAAGCCUGGUGGGAAAUUUGGGUUAAAACUUUUCCGACGAGAGCCGACAAAGAGAAGUACCGAAUGUCUUUCGAGUACUGGAAUGACAUCUUCUGUACUCGAUCUUUCGCUAAAAACCCCGAAGAUCGUCACAAACUCCAACCAGUGAGAUCUGAACACCCAGUUGUUCCCGAAAUGAACCCUUACUUUCACGUCAAAAACGAGUUUUUGCUGCACGGACGAGAAAGAAUUGCUGAGUACGACGUUUUUCACCCAACGCCUAUUCCAUCCUUGGCGUCAUCGACAUCCACUUCAAGGGCUUCUUCGAGAGCUCAGUCGCCGACGAGGACAACGGACGAGGGAAGAGACGCGCGAGCGUCUCUCCCCGAGGCCCCAUCUGGUUUUUAA